CACAGUGGAAAGGUGCAACUCGAAUUACUCCCAAUAACUUUAUUCCCACUUGGACGAGAUCUGAGAAAUAUCUCUUCCCACACUCUUGAUUGAUCUGCAAACGCCGUUCAAAUCGCAUUUUAAUUGAACAACACACGACUCGUGAGGUCGCUCAGCUGGGAGGUUUUCCCAGGGACUUCCUCAGAAGUCCCCACUUGUGGAAAAGGUUUUCUCGCGCUGUAGAGAGAAGGAAAAUUAACCGCAACAGAGACAAAACAAUAAAAAAAAUGUCUAUUCCAGCCGAAACAGCAUUGAGGAGUGGACAGAGAUUGAAGAGAUAAGAGUGGUGAGGACGAGAAAUCAAGGAAACUCCUCGGACAUUCCCUUGAAACACAGGUGAAGUGAGUGUAAAAAUUUUGAGUGAAAAUCCGUGAGAAUUAAGAUUGUGAGAAUGCAACUCAAAGUGGUUCUGCUAUGGACUCUCUGUGGCGUUUUCGUGAAAUUUACCAGUGCUCAGGAUUCAUCCGCAUUGGAUAUUGAGGAGGAGCAGCGCGAUCAGCGCCGGUUUGUCGGUUACAGAACAACCAUUUUUCACGAGAGUGCCACCUUUUCCAAUCCCACCGAACCCGACGUCGACUCCAUCGACACGAGUCAGAGAGUUGACACCACAAUCACAGAAAAUACCGAUUAUCCAGCGUCGGAAACAAUCCUCCAAGAGGCUCUCAUCACCACAAAUGAGCUGAACUUGAGGAAUGACACCGACGGAGAGGAAAGUGACGAUUUCCAGGAUAUCAACGGAGAGGAAAAUGAGACAGUCACAAUCACAGCUGUUCCUACAACUCUCACAGUGCCCACAACCACCGCCAAACCCACAACGACCACCAUCCAUCCAUCCCUGAAGGCACUAAACCUGAAGCGGAAACAAACGAAGCAGUACAGAGUGUACAAAUCAACGGGUGACGGAAUCGUUAGGAGCUUCCUUGACGAUCCCUACUUGAGAUCUCCACUGGCAAUCCUCGUGGACACUGCUCCUGAGCCCCUGCGGAAGGCCAAACUCCUCUGGAAUGCCACUCUGCGUCCAGCAACAUCAAUUGAUCUCGUAUUAGUCGCCUUCAACUCUUCAGGGAUUAGCGUGACGUACAAUUCGAAGAACACAAGGACGAUUAUGGCGGGAAUUGAGAGUGUAAGAGAGUCUCAGCAGGCAGGAUCAGAGGACAAGGCUUUCAUGGGGAUUCAGAAGGCAUCAGAGCUCAUUCCAUACGACAGUGCAAUAUUCCUAUCGACAGAUAAGGCUCCUCAGAAUCCCGAAUACUACCAUCAGGCAGCAAUUGUUCUGCUGAAGAAGCGAAUUCGACUCUACUUGAUCUGGUUCGGAAAGCACGGCCAGGACGACAACGAAUCUCCCCACACGGUUACAGGUGGAGUUCUAGGAGAAGUCGCUUUACGGACAGGUGGCGAGAUUAUCCACAUCACAGAUGAAGCCGUGGAACCCAAUGGAAAUAUUGGACUGGUCACGCUGCUGCUGAGGAACGACCUCCAAGGAUCUCAUCACUUCAGCCUGCCCAUCGACACGACCGCCGAGACGAGUCUCCACGUGAAGAUCCACGGAAAAGUGGACGAUGCGACUCUGGAAACGCCCAAUGGUGACGUUCUCAUUGAUAUUCUAAAUCACAAUUCGACAGUAAAAAUGAAUGAGUUGGCACGAUUUAGUGAAGAAGUGGAUUUCAUGAUGGAAAAUAUCACCAAAGGACGUUAUGAAUUGCGAACAACAGCAAAUACGCCGCAGUUCUACUCCGUGAUGGUAAGAUUAUUCACCACCGGAGUGUCUCGGAUACAGCGGAAUAGUGAGCCACAGAGUGCUCGCAUCAGAUUUGCUGAUGACAAUGAAGAGAGAGAGACACUGGAAGACGAUGUGGAGCUUUUGGACGAUCAGGAGGAGGCUGAAGUGGAGGUUGCAGCGACGAACGACACCAGGAUCUCUGAGAGGGUCAUUGAAUCCGUCAUUACGGUCAACAUUUCGCCUCAAUCGAGGUUGAUGGCCAGUCCUGGAACCACAGCGAUGAUAUACUUUGAGGUGACGAACUUGAGAAACACUGCAUUGUUUCACAACUUUCAAGUUGUGGAUGAGCACAGAUUCCUCCGAAACAUCAAUCCUCCCUCAGCUGUUGUCGGUCCUGGACAAACUAUCAUCAUCACUGUGGUCAUGUCGAUUCCUCCCACGGCUGAAGUGGGCCUUCGUGAUCGAGUUACACUGACGGCGCAGGGAAUUGUGUCUGUGGUGCAAUCUGUCUAUCUUACAGUCUCCAGUGCGACUUCCACGCAGGAUUCCUCGGCGCCCUGGAUGUACUGGACGUACGGGAGUCGCUGCGAAUGGAGAAGCUCUCCGGGAAAUUGUGCUGGACACGUUUGGUCAGUGGAAAUAUCGGCCCACGACUGGGAAACGGGUAUUCUGAGGAUUCAAUCUCAGCCCAGAGGCAUUCUGUACAGGAAUCAGUUCAUAGCCGGCACCAGAGAUCCAGUUCUCGCCACGUACUCCGCUUCCUGUUGCGAGCCACGCGUCAUCAUCACGGCCUUUGAUUUGGCCAAUAAUCAGAAAUCUGUUUCUCUAGAUGUUAGGGAUAUCUGGCUCAGCGAGGCAGCUAUCGCGGCGGUGGUUCUUGGCUGCAUCCUCCUAAUAAUCCUCAUCAUCCUCCUGAUCUUCCUCUGUCGCUGGUGCUAUAAUAGAAAGCGCGCCUCCCGCGAUCUUCCUGUGUACCGAACGGAGAGAACACGGAUGGAAGCUCGCUAGAGAAGACCUUCCAGCCGAAGUGCCAUUUUUCGUAUACUGGGUGUGGGUCACAAUAAAUGCAUGGAAGAGCUCCGACAUGUUUC